GUAGCCACUAGCCACAUGAAUACUUCAAUUUUGAUUAAAAUUAAAUAAAAUUAUAGUGAGUCCCUCAGUCACACUAGCUACAUUUCAAGUGCUCAGUGUUCACAUGUGGCUAGUGGCUGCCAUAUUGGAUAGUGCAGUUAUAGAACAUUUCUGUCAUUGCAGAAAGUUCUGUCAGCACCGAAAAGUAAUGGGUGGAGGCAAUCAUCAGUGGUUUUAACCUCAGGUUAAAACUGGGGGACCGGCUCCUUCUUCUUCUCUCUUGAGAGCUCUCUCAGGAUUUAGAUUAUCAGGCUUGAGAGUGGGAUGUGAAGACAUCAGACUUUGAGACCCUGAGUAAUGACCAUUCUGUGAGGUUAGAAGAACAGUAAUAAUAAGGAGGAAGGGACUACUACUAGCUAAAAUAAAAUCUGGUGCCUCUUUCCCUUUUACCUGUCAGGCCCACAGUCAGCACUAAAUCACUUGGAUUGCCAUAAAAGUAUAUUAAUUUCAUCAUAAAUUUGUCCAUCCUCAAUAUUCUCACCAUUGGCUUCAGCUGGGGUCUGAAAGAUGAAGGGACCUUCCAAUUAUUUUCUCUGAGUAUAAUGGUAACUGUAGCGAUGGACUCUUUAAAGAUUUGUGAGUUGUCUCUAUUCUUAAAUUUUGGUAUUCAUAUGUUUGGGUAUUAGAAUACCUGGAUAAAAUUUUAUAUGCAAAAUUUUAUGACCCUUGGCAUUUUAGGGGAUGAUGAGACUGGAUUCUAAUCGGGUCUUGGGAAAGGGAAGAGAACCUUUAGUGAAAAGGAAGGAAGGCAGUGUUCUUGGGACCUAAUGCAAAGAAAGAAAAAGGGGAGAAUUCAGGAAGGUGACAUUCAGGGCCGAGAAGCAGUCUGGAUUUUAUUUUGUGAUUUAAAUCCAGGAUGAAUGGUAUGAAUCAGAGUAGUCCAAAGGAAGGCAAGAUCUGUGUUAACUGAAAAUAUCAGAGAAAACUUGGAAGAGGUAGAACCUGAGCUGAACCUUGAAGGAUGAUGGGUGGAUGCUCCUUGGUUUAGCAUGUUUUUUGUUGUAUUUCCAUGAAACCUCAUCUGAUUUCCACAGAAAUAAACUGUAAUUUCAUGAUGCAAUUAUUUGCUUGAAAUAUUUUAUUUUUCUUUUAAACACAUUGCCCAAAGUUGGUAUUUCUCUCGCAUUUGAACUCUGGAUUUCUUGAUUGGUUUUCAACCAAAUCUCUUCAAAAUAACAUGUUCUAAAGAGCUUCCAUGUUUCACCAAAUCAGUUCCUCUGUCUAAAAUACCUUCUAGCCCUCAGGGAAUUGUUUAUCCUUCAGGACCAGCUGAAUUAACACCCCUUCUUUGCUGCCACAGUACAGUACUUUCUUCUUUUCCUCCAUCACAGCUCUUACUCUGUUCAUGGUAAUUAAUUUGUAUUCUCAACCCCUAGUUCAGUCUCUGUUCCCUAGAGAGUACUUAAUGUUUGGUGAAUAGAUGUGAUUAAAUAUAAUCAGUUCUGAAAUGUGUUUUUUAGUGUUAAGAACUCAGCUAUUUUAUGUGCAUAGGUGCAAUAUAUAUUUUGUUAAUUGAAUUUUUAUUUGUUCUUAGAUGUCACUAAGAGGAUCUGCGCCAGUGACAAUUGUACCUCUUCCUGGAGAGCAAGUACAGGUUCAGGGGGUCAUCCAGACAGCUCAGUCUUCUGUAAUUCACCCACCACACGUGCAAACGGCAUCAUCCUUAUCAGAAAGUGAGGAAUCUCAGGACUCAUCUGACAGCAUAGGCCCCUCACAGAAAGCCCACGGGAUCCUAGCACGGCGCCCAUCUUACAGAAAAAUUUUGAAAGACCUAUCUUCUGAAGAUACACGGAGCAGAAAAGGAGACGGAGAAAACCCUGGAGUUUCUACUGUCACUUCUAUGUCUGUUCCAACUCCCAUCUAUCAGACUAGCACUGGACAGUACAUUGCCAUUGCCCCAAAUGGAGCCUUACAGCUGGCCAGUCCAGGCACAGAUGGAGUACAGGGGCUUCAAACGUUAACCAUGACAAAUUCAGGCAGUACUCAGCAAGGUACAACAAUUCUCCAGUACGCACAGACCUCUGAUGGACAGCAAAUACUUGUGCCCAGCAAUCAGGUGGUUGUACAGACUGCAUCAGGAGAUAUGCAGACAUACCAGAUCCGUACUACACCUUCAGCUACUUCACUACCACAGACUGUGGUGAUGACAUCUCCUGUGACUCUUACAUCUCAGGCAGCUAAGACAGAUGACCCCCAGUUGAAAAGAGAAAUAAGGUUGAUGAAAAACAGAGAAGCUGCUCGAGAAUGUCGCAGAAAGAAGAAAGAAUAUGUGAAAUGCCUGGAAAAUCGAGUUGCCGUUCUGGAAAAUCAAAAUAAAACUCUAAUAGAAGAGUUAAAAACUUUGAAGGAUCUUUAUUCCCAUAAAAGUGUUUGACUCUUAAGAAAGAAAAUAUUUUUGUGGACUUGCCUAAAAAUUAGAUGGAUUUCUUUUCUUUUUAAUGGAGUUUUUGUAAGUUAAAAAGUCAAAAAUGAAGCUUUUUAUUUAGCCUUUUGCAUCUCAGAGAUAAAUAUGCAAGAAAUUUAGUGUCAGAGGACAAAGUGGGAAAUGACCUCAAGGAGGCUACUGGCACAACUGGAAGCUUUGUAAAAAUUAUAAACAUGCUCAAGACGCAGCAAAUGAACUUUUAGCAGUCUGAAUUUUCUAAAUUAACGAUAGUCGUUAAUAAUACAAAAAUGGCAGAUAAAAUGAAAAUGUGGUAAAUUGAAUUUUUAAAAAAAUAAAUCAGUUUACCCUCACAGUUUGCAUUUCUGUUUCCUGAAAUUUACCUUUUCAAUAAUAUGUGUGUAUGCGUUGUUUUUGCCAAUAAAUUCUAAAUUAAAAA